AUGUCCUUAGAACAGAACCUAGAAUUUCAGACCUUAGAAGAGGGACUGUUAAAUCUAGGCCUCCCCUCUCGUUUUAUGGAGGAGAUAAUUGGGUGCCAAAAAUCAUGGUCUGGGUUUCCCCCCCUAAUUUCUGGAUUUUUUUCUUUUAAUCCUUUGACCAAAUACUGUCCCCCUUCAUCACAUCUCCAGGCUUGGAAGGAUGAAGGCCUGUCUCUCUCGACCACCAGUAAUGAAGCUUGUAAGCUGUUUGAUGCCUCCUUGACUCAGUAUGUGACAUGGACCAAUGACAAGAGUCUUGGCGGUCUGGAAGGAUGCUUUUCCAAACUCAAGGCAGCAGAUCCAACCUUUGUGAUGGGGCAUGUGAUCUCCAAUGGCCUGGCACUCAUUGGCACGGGGACCUCAGUGCUGUUGAAUCAAGACCUUCGCAUCUCCAUGGAGACAAUGAUGGAACUUUCCAGGAAGCAGAACCUGACAGAUCGGGAGCAGCUACAUGUGUCUGCUGUAGAUAUGUUCGCUAAGGGGUGCCUGCCAAAAGCAUGUGCCAUCUGGGAACAGAUCCUCCAGGACUACCCCACUGACAUGUUGGCACUGAAGUUUUCCCAUGAUGCCUUCUUCUAUCUGGGGUAUCUGGCUCAGAUGAGGGACUCUGUUGCUCGAGUUUUUCCUUAUUGGACCCCCAACAUUCCCCUCAGCAGCUACGUUAAAGGCAUUUAUUCUUUUGGAUUGAUGGAAACCAACUUCUAUGAUCAAGCAGAAAAGAUGGCCAAAGAGGCCCUGUCCGUGAAUCCCACAGAUGCCUGGUCGGUGCACACACUAGCCCAUGUCUAUGAGAUGAAGGCAGCAAUCAAGGAGGGAGUCUCGUUCAUGCAACGCUCUGAGACCAACUGGAAGGACCGUGACAUGCUUGCUUGCCAUAACUAUUGGCAUUGGGCCUUGUACCUGAUUGAAAAGGGUGAAUAUGAGGCUGCCCUGACCAUUUAUGAUGACCACAUUGCACCCAGCUUUCUGUCAACGGGCUCCAUGCUUGACAUAGUAGACAGCUGCUCCAUGAUGUACAGACUUCAGAUGGAAGGUGUGUCCGUGGGGGACCGUUGGCAAGCCAUACUUCCUGUUACAAAGCAGCAUUCCAGGGACCACAUCCUGCUCUUUAAUGAUGCCCAUUUCCUGAUGUCCUUCCUGGGGGCCAAGGACCAUGGGACUGCCCAAGAGCUCCUGACCACUCUUCAGGAACUGGCCCAAGAUCCCGGUGAGAACCACCAGCAUAAGCUGGCCCAGGAGGUGGGGUUACCCCUGUGCCAGUCCCUGAUGGAGAUGGAGAAUGGAAACCCUGACAGAGCCGUGGACUUGCUGCUCCCGAUCCGAUACAAGAUUGUCCAAAUAGGUGGCAGCAAUGCUCAGAGGGACGUCUUCCAUCAGCUGCUGGUCCAGGCCGCCCUGACGUGUAGGCAGAAAUCCCACAGGAACCUGGCCAGGAGCCUGCUCAUGGAAAGGGACGCCCUGAAGCCCGGCUCCCCCCUGACCGAGCGCCUCAUCCGGAAGGCAUCAGCCCUGCACCUCAUGGAGUAAAGCCUGGGCACCCCGCCAUAGUCUCGUAACUAGCCAUUCAGAGAGAGCCACCCUAGCAGCCUCCCCCCAGCCUCUGGAGAAGGGAAUCCCCCAGCACCUGCGCCCCCAUUCCCCUAUACUUCCCCUUAAGAGGGGAUGCUCGCUCGCUCGCUCCUCUGGAAUUUGAGAGUGCCGUCCUCUUUGUGAAUCAUCGCCAUGAACCAAAGCAUCCAAGCCCCGUAUUUUAUACCGAGAAGGAAACAGAGGCAAGGAGUGAGCCAGCCAGUGAUGAGGCCCUCUUCUUCCCUCUCCUGUCUCUGGUUUGGCAUCAAGGAAUGGGAAAGUGAUUUUAUCACAAAUUGAGUCAAGCCUAAGAAAGGAGUCUGACGGAGCGCCCCCCCCCCCAAGGUCUUACAGCCAUUUCAAGAAAAUGACCUGCCAGGAAGGUGGGAUUCUGGGCCCCGGAGAGGGCCAGCAGCAGUCUGCCAACCCCAACCCAUCCCCACCUCACCCCCCAGUCCCUCCAUGAGGCAAGUCCCAGAGGCCAUGAAGGGCCAGGGCUCAGGGCCCUCCUCACCUGCCCCCACAACAGAGCCAGGCUUCUCCCUCCUCUGGGCCUGGGGCCCAGCUCCCCUCUUCACUAAGGAAGCGCUGCCCAGCUGCCAUCACACCUGGUUUUCCAGCAAAAAAUUCCAAGCUUGACCUUUGGCAAGAGCCUCCGUUUCCUCCCCAGUAAAAUGAGGGUCAUCACCCUCCUCCCUCCCUCACUGAGUUGUGGUGGGAAGCAAUAAGAGCCCUGGGCACCUGCAUCUCAAUAAUCGGAUCGACUCCCCGGGUCUGUAGUUCCGACAUUUCAGGGCCCACGUGCCAUGACGCUUAGCGAGCAUGCCUUCUGGGCCUCUGCUUACUCCUCUGUAAAGUGGCGCUGUUCCAAGCUGCACUGUGUGAGCUCGUGCUCAGGGGCUUCCCUUUCAUGUCCCGCUCGGAGCCCCAUGGCCAUCAGGGGCAAGGCUGCCAUCUUUACCUCUCCCAGAGACCCUGCCUGUGCCCACCAGCCAACGCCAGUCCCUCUUUUCCUUAGAAUCCUGUGAAAUCCCACAGUUCCCUGUGGGAGGCAAUAAGAGAAACAGAGUCUUAAAUAGAUGAAAAUCUGAGACUCCUCUUUUGACUCCUUUUCAGAUCCC